AUGUUCAUGACACGCAGGCCCCUGGCAAUGCUCGCGACGCGGAGAGGCUUCCAAUCGAGCUCGCGGGUUUACGAGGACUUCGAGACGGUGCACAUACGUAACACCAACCGGUUCCGACAGUUGCUGGUGGAAAAGGGCGACUUCAGCACGCAGCAGGCGAAUGCGAUCGUGGAUAUCAUGUCGGACGCACUGCGCGGGGGCGUGACGCAUGUCUCGCAGGACCUAGCGUCCCGCGAGAAGCUUACGAAGCUGACGUACCAGCAGCGGGUGGAUUUUGCAAAACUGCGGGACCAACUGCUGACGGCGGACCGCAGCGAGAUCCACUCCAUCCAGAACGAACAGGAGCGGAUUCGAAACGACCUAGAGCAGCUGCGGAACCGGCUCCGAGAGGAGAUCACGAAGGCGAACGCAGGGUUCAAGCUGGAUCUCUCGUUGGAAAAGGGACGCAUCCGGGAGGAGUCCAGCAACCACAAUCUGCAGAUCAAGGAGAUUGACACGCGAAUUGACCAGGAGGUCAGUAAUAUGAAGAUGCAAAUCGACUCGGUCAAGACGCAGGUCAUGCAGUGGCUGAUCGGCGUGUGCACGGGUACGUUUGCGCUCGUGCUGGCGUACGUACGGCUGCUCAGCUGA